AUGUAUGCAGGCAAGUUUCCUGUCGUGUUGGAAGAACUUGUCCGGAGCCGUCUCAAGCGUUUCAUUCGACAAAUUACCGUCCAGAAGACACAACAAGAGCCCGUCCAUAUCAAAAUGGAGCACGUGAGGCCAACCAUUCACCGCCAGCAGCGCUUGUUUUACGAGGAGAAGGAUACGUCUGCAUCUCAGGUUCAAUUGAUCCGUCGCAAACGGCCUCGCACGCCAGAGUUGGACCACGGCACGGUCCCGACGCGAGGGUCUCGAGAGAAGACGCCACGUUUGAUGAUGCUCCCUGGACUUGCUGAGCUAUUGGCUGCACAGAAACAGCGCAAUGAGGGCGUUGUUAGCGACGACGUACUGGACGUGAUGUCGCGUGUAUCGACUGUCGGUCAGGAACAGCAGCAGCAGAUGCAACUGAGACAUGAGGAAGAGAUUGAGCUAGAGGAUAAGACGCCGUGGCCGUCGGCGACGCAGUAUUACGACAUCCUUAUGACGCACAAGACGAAACUUAAGAUUCCAGUGUAUGAUCUUGGAGUGGAUCCACGCGGCGUUCCACUGCAUCCUGAAUUUAUAUAUAGCCAACCGGUCUCGUGUAUGUACUUCCUGAAAUGCUCGCGGUUGCUAGGCAAAGGUUCAUUUGGUUUUCCUCGUAAGAGAAAGACAGCCAGUGAAAUGAUUUGUAGGACGAUUUCUACAAAUGCAGGCACAAAGUCGGUUGGAAGCAAGAAGGAACUGAGUAAGGAGUUUGAGUGGCGUAAGAUGAGCUUUGUCACUGGGUUGCCAAAGAAACAACCCAUUGUACGCUACAUUACAGCCACAUGCUACAGUCGUGCGACUGAUAUUGCGGUAAAGAAGAAGGUGCUUCGCAUGCAUGCAGUCAUGCUUGCUGACGGCACGGGAACUGGCGAGAAUGGCGAGUAUGUUCUCGUGCAUAUUCGUGCGGGAGGCAGCAAGCGUGUUGGUCUCCGUGUCAGUUUAGUUGAUUCUGAAAUAAAAGCAGCCCCUGCGUCGCCUGGUGCUUGCGGGACCGUGAAUGCGAAGCAGCGGGUUGGCUUGUUGUGUAUGAGAAGGCCCGUGUCGCCUACCAGCGUCGCAGUGUCUUCGUAUUCGAGCGCGACGGCAUCUACCUCUCCUCAUAACGCAAACUUUUCCGCUAUUCAGGGCGAGAGCUCGGACGACAUGGCGAUGGCUUCGACAGUGUCGCCGAUGAAGGUGAGCUUGGCAUCAGCUGUGACCCGGCACACGCUUUUCUCGACUACCGAGGAUCUAAAUAUCGACUUGGCACGCUUAGUGCUGCGCAAUAUGAUAUUGAAGUCGUGUACGUCGCCAGACGAAAUGGCAAAGUACGUUUUGGGUCUGCAGGAAGAACUUACGGCGCUGCAAAGCCAAUAUCAGUCAUCUAAGGGCGCCGAGCAGGGUUAUUAG